AUGCCCGACGACACCGAGCCAGCACCGGAAGACGUGCGAGAGUCGCGCCAGGGCAGUUCCGUUCAAUCUCCCUCGGUGCGCUCGGGUUCCAAUACAAGGUUGAAAAAACUUCGUUCUAGACCCCAUCUUCGGAAGCGUCAAUCGCUUCAGUCCAGUAAAAAAUUGGUGUUUUCUGUUGACGAUGCCAUCAAUGAUGCGGUGGAAGAGGACACCGAUACACUCACGAAGGCUGACCGUGAGUACUUGGAGGGUUAUAGUGAUGCCUUGAGGUCGUUUUAUAUCAAAAAACGUGGUGGUCAACAACAGCAUUCAGGCUACUUUCCGCCGGUUUCGGAAAGCCAUGGCGACGAUGAAGCUACUAAUAUGUCGCUGCCUGAGGCUGGUCGUCAAGAGAGAUCUCCAGAGGCUGCUCAAACCGAGAUUCUUAACAAGUUGAGGUCCGCCGAACAGGAGCUCGCCAUGAUAGAUUCUGUGGGUCGGGACAAUGACGAAAUCAACGACGAUACCGGAAUCACAUACGACGAUGACGAUGGUGAGUCUAUGGUAUCCAAUUCAUCGGGAGCAUCUUCGUCGACGGUGGGUUCGUUAGACCUCAAAAAGAGACAGGAUGCCAUUAAUUCCACUCAUCCGUUCGGUAUCAAGAUCUGGAAACCAUCAUUGUACAAGAAAAAACGUUCUGUGGCUACAAGGGCCGAAGAAGAUAUUCAUCAACCGCAUAAACCCAUCAUCAAUUGGGGUGUUCAUUUGACCAACUUUAUAUGGUCCAUGACGUUUGGCUUGUUGUUAUACUUGGUAUGUGUUCUUGGCGGCAUCAUUGUAUUUGUUCUCUCAUUCUUCGCCAUUCACAGACAACUGCGUGGAUACGUCAAGCUUCUUUUCAGCUUGGGACGCUACUUGUUCUCUCCGUUUGGAAAGUUCGUGCUUCUCAACAAAGAUAGUAAUUAUAUUGACGAGGACGAAUUGGACGGAAGAUCCAUUUCAGAAUUUCAUCGCUGGCGUGAACAGGAAGAGGGCCGUCUUUUCUUUGCCCCACCACGACGGUUAACCAAUUCCCAUGAGCGACGCCCAUUGUUGAAAGACCAUAAAGGCAGACCACUCGGCGAUGCUUAUUCAUCGUUGGAGGGGACGUCGCAAUCUCAACAGGAGAACAACGAGGCAGUGGAUACUGCAGAUCAUGCAAACGAGGGCGAUGAUGAAAGAGCUGAACUUGACAUUAAAGUGCGUUUCUUUGGACGUGGAAGUUGGUCUUCGGGUCGGUUUGUAUUCUAUCUUUUCUUCUAUGGAAUAUUGCAGCCUGCUAUUUGGGUGAUUGGAGCGAUUUGCUGGUUAUUUGUCUUCACUAUCCCAAUGUUCAAUCUUGCUGGUAUCUUGUGUGAUCAUUUGAGACGUCAUCCUCUUGCACUCCAUUUUGAGUCAGAAAAGGAAUACUACCGCAAAUCUAGUGCCGAUACAACGAAGAGGGGCCGUCAGCUGAUUAUACUCAGUACCUACAGGUGCUGUGGGUUACAUUAUUACAAGUUCACCAUUGACGGAACCAAUGUCUUUUUCAUCAAUCUAAUUGCCUUGGUGAUAUUUGUCAUUGUCGAUUAUUUCAUCCUUUUCGAACAGUUUGGUUGGAAAUCAUGGAUCACAGACUCUUCGGUAAUUUUUUGCAUGUGUUUGCUUGCUAUUAUUCCUUUGGCCUACUUUAUUGGUCAAGCCGUUGCAUCUAUUUCGGCGCAAUCUUCCAUGGGUGUGGGUGCGGUGAUCAAUGCUUUUUUCUCCACGGUGGUAGAGAUUUUUUUAUACUGCGUUGCGCUCAAUCAAAAGAAGGGAAAGCUUGUGGAAGGCUCAAUGAUAGGUUCCAUUUUGGGUGGUGUUUUACUUCUUCCUGGUCUCUCGAUGUGUGGUGGUGCUCUUAAACGUAAGACACAAAGAUACAAUCCUCGCUCGGCUGGCGUUUCUUCUACCAUGUUGCUUUACGCUAUGGUUAUAAUGUUUGCACCUUCGCUAUUCUAUCAGAUUUAUGGCGCCUACGAAAUCCGUUGCAGAAGCUGUGAUCUCACCAAGUUUGAAGACGAUUGUACCCAGUGUCGUUUUAUUCAGCCUUCGUUCUCACUCGACUCACUUUACUAUUCCAUCAUUGAACCGUUCUCACUCACCGUGGCAGUGGCACUUUUUUUGGCCUACGUUUGCGGUUUGUUCUUCACCUUAAGAACCCAUGCAUCUCUCAUCUGGGCUACAAACUCACAUGAACAACAAGCCAUGAACAAGAGAGACGAAAACUAUCUCAGAACUCCCAGCGUUAUCAGUCUCAACAACCAACCCAAAGGGAAACAAAAAUUGCCGGAGGGAGUUUCAUCAGUCCAGAGUCCUUCAGUACGGAAACCCGCAAAACCACCACUUCCUUCACCACAAGUUGAUGUACCUCGGAAACGGCACAGUCAACCAACAAAUAGAGAAGUCGAUGUUGAAGAGGAAGAAGGUGGUGGCCACGAUGCUCCAAAUUGGUCCCGAAACAAGUCCACUGUGAUAUUGUUAGGUGCCACAUUACUCUACGCUGUGAUUGCUGAGAUCUUGGUCGACACAGUUGACGCGGUAUUGGUGAAUUUUUCAAUAGACCCCAAGUUUCUUGGACUCACAGUGUUCGCUUUGGUGCCCAAUACAACCGAGUUUCUCAAUGCCAUCUCGUUUGCUGUUGGUGGUAACGUUGCCCUUUCAAUGGAGAUUGGUAGUGCGUACGCCUUGCAAGUUGUGUUGAUUCAAAUUCCAAGUCUUGUGCUCUUUUCAGUGUACCGAGGAUUUGACGAUGUGAAUCUGAUUUUCUCGUUGGUUUUUCCUAGAUGGGACAUUAUUGCAACGUUGAUUUCUAUCUAUCUCUUCACCUAUAUUUAUGCAGAGGGCAAAUCCAACUACUUCAAGGGAGUUAUCUUAAUAUUGAUCUACGUGGUGGUGAUGAUUGGAUUCUGGUUUAAUGGUAUGAUCGAAAGUUUGGAUGAUGGAUACACUGGUGGCCCGCCAUCUAUACUCUAA